GCGCGGCGACUACCGCGGCGCUUCCGCCUGGCCGGCCACGGCCCGGUGUGAACGGCGCCGCGAUGUGGCUGGCCCCGGAGGAGGUGCUGGUGGCCAACGCGCUGUGGGUGACGGAGCGGGCCAACCCCUUCUUCGUGCUACAGCGGCGCCGGGGCCACGGCAAGGGCGGCGGCCUUACGGGUCUUCUCGUGGGCACCCUGGAUGUGGUGCUGGACUCCAGUGCCCGGGUGGCCCCUUACCGCAUCCUGCACCAGACCCAGGACUCGCAGGUCUACUGGACAGUGGCGUGCGGUUCUUCCCGCAAAGAGAUCACAAAACACUGGGAAUGGCUGGAAAAUAACUUACUCCAGACACUGUCCAUCUUUGACACUGAGGAAGACAUCACCACCUUCGUCAAGGGCAAGAUACACGGCAUCAUCGCAGAAGAGAACAAGAACCUGCAGCCCCAGGGAGAUGAGGACCCUGGGAAAUUCAAGGAGGCCGAGCUGAAAAUGCGGAAGCAGUUUGGGAUGCCCGAGGGAGAGAAGCUGGUCAACUACUACUCCUGCAGCUACUGGAAGGGCCGCGUGCCCCGGCAGGGCUGGCUCUACCUGACCGUCAACCACCUGUGCUUCUACUCCUUCCUGCUGGGCAAGGAGGUGAGCCUGGUGGUGCAGUGGGUGGACGUCACACGGCUGGAGAAGAAUGCCACGCUGCUCUUCCCUGAGAGCAUCCGUGUGGACACCCGGGACCAGGAGCUCUUCUUCUCCAUGUUCCUCAACAUCAGCGAGACCUUCAAGCUCAUGGAGCAGCUGGCCAACCUUGCCAUGCGGCAGCUACUGGACAGCGAGGGCUUCCUGGAAGACAAAGCACUGCCCAGGCCCCCCCGGCCGCACAGCAACAUCUCGGCUCUGAAGCGAGACCUGGACGCUCGAGCCAAGAACGAGUGCUACUGUGCCACGUUCCGGCUGCCCGGGGACGAGCGCCUGGACGGCCACACAGGCUGCACCCUGUGGACCCCAUUCAACAAGCUGCACAUCCCUGGCCAGAUGUUUAUCUCCAGCAACUACAUCUGCUUUGCCAGCAAGGAAGAGGAUGCUUGCCACCUCAUCAUACCCCUGCGGGAGGUGACCAUUGUGGAAAAAGCUGAUAGCUCCAGUGUCCUGCCCAGCCCUCUGUCCAUUAGCACUAAGAGCAAAAUGACCUUCCUGUUUGCCAACCUGAAAGACCGCGAUUUCUUGGUUCAGAGGAUCUCUGACUUCCUCCAGAAAAUGCCAUCCAAGCCGCCAGGCAACAGCAGAGCGGGGAGGAAAGCCAGCAUUGUGGACUCAGCCCCAGAGUCUUCCCCAGCUCCUCAGGAGGUGUCAGAACAGCCUGCCAGCCCGACCUCACCCCUCGGUGGCCUCCAGGGGUCCCAUGCACAGGAGGCUCCAACCGCUUCCCAGGGCCUGCUCAAACUCUUCCAGAGAAACACGCCCAUGGAGGACCUGGGAGCCAAGGGGGCCAAGGAGAAGAUGAAAGAGGAGUCGUGGCACAUCCACUUUUUUGAGUACGGGCGCGGCAUGUGCAUGUACCGCACCGCCAGGACGCGGGAGCUGGUGCUGAAGGGCAUCCCCGAGAGCCUCCGGGGGGAGCUGUGGCUCCUCUUCUCUGGGGCCUGGAAUGAGAUGGUGACUCACCCUGGCUACUAUGCUGAGCUGGUGGAGAAGUCCACAGGGAAGUACAGCCUGGCCACGGAGGAGAUCGAGCGAGACCUCCACCGCUCCAUGCCCGAGCACCCUGCCUUCCAGAAUGAGCUCGGGAUCGCUGCACUCCGCCGGGUGCUGACUGCCUACGCUUUCCGAAACCCCACCAUUGGCUACUGCCAGGCCAUGAACAUCGUCACCUCAGUGCUCCUUCUCUAUGGCAGCGAGGAGGAGGCAUUCUGGCUGCUGGUGGCCCUCUGUGAACGCAUGCUGCCCGACUACUACAACACCAGGGUGGUUGGGGCCCUGGUGGACCAAGGCAUCUUCGAAGAGCUCACGAGAGACUUCCUGCCCCAGCUCUCCGAGAAGAUGCAGGACCUGGGGGUGAUUCCCAGCAUCUCGCUCUCCUGGUUCCUGACCCUCUUUCUCAGCGUCAUGCCCUUUGAGAGCGCUGCGGUCAUUGUUGACUGCUUCUUCUACGAGGGCAUCAAGGUGAUCCUGCAGGUGGCCUUGGCCAUCCUGGAUGCCAACAUGGAGCAGCUACUGGGCUGCAGCGACGAGGGCGAGGCCAUGACCGUCCUGGGCAGAUACCUGGAUAAUGUGGUCAAUAAGCAGAGUGUCUCUCCUCCUAUCCCACACCUCCAUGCCCUGCUGACGAGUGGAGAUGACCCUCCUGAAGAGGUGGACAUCUUCGACCUCCUGAAAGUGUCAUAUGAGAAAUUCAGCAGCCUGAGGGCCGAGGACAUUGAACAGAUGCGGUUUAAACAGAGGCUGAAAGUGAUCCAGUCCUUGGAGGAUACGGCCAAGAGGAGUGUGGUUCGAGCUAUACCUGGGGACAUUGGUUUCUCAAUUGAAGAGCUGGAGGACCUUUACAUGGUGUUUAAGGCCAAGCAGCUGGCGAGUCAGUACUGGGGGAGCAGCCGCCCUGCAGCUGUGCGUCGGGACCCCAGCCUGCCCUACCUGGAGCAGUACCGCAUCGACACGAACCAGUUCCAGGAACUCUUUGCCAGCCUGACACCCUGGGCCUGUGGCUCCCACACAUCCGUGCUGGCGGGGCGCAUGUUUCGGCUCCUGGAUGAAAAUAAGGACUCGCUGAUCAACUUCAAGGAGUUCGUGACAGGGAUAAGUAGGAUGUACCAUGGGGACCUGACAGAGAAGCUCAAGGUGCUCUACAAGCUGCACUUGCCUCCAGCCCUGAGCCCAGAGGAGGCUGAGUCAGCCCUGGAAGCGACCCAUUAUUUCACUGAGAACAGCUCCUCAGAAGCAUCUCCUCUGGCCUCCGACCUGGACCUUUUCCUGCCCUGGGAGGCUCAAGAAGCACUACAGCAGGAAGAGCAAGAGGGAGCUGGAAAUGACAUCCAAGAAAAAAGAAGAGAGGAGAAGGGAACCAGCCCUCCUGACUAUCGGCACUACCUUCGAAUGUGGGCCAAGGAGAAAGAGGUUCAGAAGGAGACGAUUAAGGAUCUUCCCAAGAUGAACCAGGAGCAGUUCAUAGAGCUGUGCAAGACGCUUUACAACAUGUUCAGCGAAGACCCCAUGGAGCAGGACUUGUACCACGCUAUCGCCACGGUGGCCAGCCUGCUGCUCCGCAUUGGGGAAGUGGGGAGGAGGUUCUCUGCAUGGUCGGGCAGAGGAGAGUCCAGGGACAGUGCCCCUGAGGAGGGCGAGCCGCCAGCCCCACACCCCCCUCAAGACGUGGCCCAGGAGCUUCAGCCGCCAGCUGCAGGGGACCCCCAGGCCAAAGCGGGUGGAGACACCCACCUUGGGAAAGCACCGCAGGAGAGCCAGGUGGUGGGCGAAGGGGGCGGCGGCGAGGGGCGGGGCUCCCCCCCCCAGCCUCUGUCUGACGAUGAAACCAAAGAUGACAUGUCCAUGUCCUCGUACUCAGUGGUCAGCACGGGCUCCCUGCAGUGUGAGGACCUGGCUGAUGACACAGUGCUGGUGGGUGGGGAGGCCCACAGCCCCGUGGCCACCACUCACAGUGGGGGUGCCGUUGAUACAGACUGGUGCAUCUCCUUCGAGCAGAUCCUGGCCUCCAUCCUGACGGAGUCCGUGCUGGUGAACUUCUUUGAGAAGAGGGUAGACAUUGGACUCAAGAUCAAGGACCAGAGGAAGGUGGAGAGACAGUUUAGCACCUCCAGUGACCAUGAGCAGUCUGCAGUUUUGGGCUGAGGGCUCCAAGGCCUGGGGGCUGGCCUCUCUCUCCUCCCUCCCUCCCGUUCUGUUUUCUCUUGAAGGACACACCCCUCCAGUUCUCCCCAGAAGCAGUGAGUUGUAAAUGGAAAGAAGGCUGAACAGUCGCAGUUGGGACCUAGGCAGGGGCUCCCCACCCCCUCGUUCUGCCUUGGACCUCCUGGCCCCUGCAUAGUGUCAGGGGCUCUCUGAUCUGCCCUUGCUUGCCCUGCACUGUGGCCAGGCCACACCCUGUCCUCCACCUCCUCUUCUGCAGCUGCGUGCUCCGGGGGCUUUCCUGCCACUUGGCGCCAGGUAGGGGGGGUCGAGUGCCUAUUGGGCACCAAAGUGGUGAGAACUUCGAGAUGCUCUCCAGAAGCCCCUGAGCCUGAGCUUCUGGCUGGGGGACAUGGGCAGAAAGCAUCUGCUGCACCAGGGUGGGUGCCGCCUGCACAGGCGUUACUCUCAAUUCUCUUUCAGCUCGUCAUCCUCACCAUUAACCUUAAAAGCAUAUCCCUCAGGUCCUGAUAUAUUUCCUUGUAUUCAUUUCAGUUGGCUAAAAAUCACACUAUGCUCAAUGCCUUAAUAAAUCCCUGAAAGAACUAAAAACUA